GCCCGUGAGAGAAACAAGUACACUCAAUCAAGCUACCAACCUGGUGGUUCAAGGAAGCGUUCAAGACGCGCGCUCGAGACUUAGGCUGCUGAUGAAGAUGAGGUGAUGACAAUUGAGUCUAUAACUCCACUAGUCAAGACUCAUACGAAGAGAGUCAAUACUCGGAAUCAGGAGCCUCUAUUUAUCCAGACUAGUAACCUUACUAACUACGACAAGGACGUCAUAGGAUAAUAUCUCGAGUUACUUCUACCACUCCGAGUUACUACUCGUCGCCUAGAGGGUCGUAAGCCUAAUAGUAAGUUCGGGGCUAUCUAGCAAGUUAUCCCUAUUAUUACCUAUCUGAUGGAGCACUUUGAGAGGCUCAAAAUACGGCAUAUGGUACCUAAUUCGGUAAAUGAAGACGAGAUAACAGCGGAGACGCUCGCUGACGGUGAUCACAUGAUUAUUACUAUCAAUAAUGGUUGGUCAAAGAUGAACAAAUACUUCAUCGCACUCAACGAGUCUCCUGCGUACUACGCCGCUAUAAACCUUCAUCCAAACCUUAAAACGUUCUGUCGAAGCGCGUGGGACGACUACGAGGACUCCGAGUCUAUCUUCAGGCAAUACUAGUAGUAGCACAAGAAACAGAUAGGCGAAGAGAUGUCUAUACAGACUUCGACGACGACGAAUACAAUAUCAAGAGUGGUAUAUCCCGACUCUACUACCACGGAUAUCGAUAGUUUCAUUUCUUAGCACUCUGAACUACCAGAAGAAGUACAAUAUAAAGUCAUUAAGGAUGAGCUUAUCCGCUAGCGACGUGAACCUCCCGUCGGCCACGAUAGCAAAUAGGCUAACGCGCCAAUAGCCUUCUGGAUAGCUCGUUAGGAUGACUAUCCUUAACUUAGUUAACUAGCGAUAGACGUCUUGAGUAUCCCAGCCUUAAGUUACGAGUGUGAGCGUGCUUUUAGUAAGGCUAGAGAUAUAAUUACUACUCGCCGAGCAAAGCUUCAUCCUAUAAUAGUUCGGCUAGCACUCUGCUUAAAGUCGUGGGUAGGUAAAGGACUUAUUAAUUUAUAGUCUACCUGAGUCAUAA